AUGAGGGGAGGGGGCGGGGCGGGAGAUCCCGCCAAAAGCGGCCUCGCUUCUCAGGCCCCGCCCCCGCGCCCGCCGAUUGGUCGGCACGCGGAGGCCGCGCCCCCUCCCUCCGCGCCGCGCGGUGAUUGGUGGAUGAGGCGGCGCGGUGACGUCACGGGGCGCGCGGCGCGGCGGUCCCGGAAGCGGCGGUGGCGGCGGGAGCGGGAGCGCGGGCGCGCGGAGGAUGAGGAGGAAGAUGUGACAUCACCCGUGUGUCACCCUGCUGGGAGCCAGGACGAGGAGGUGACAGCAGCGGUGACAGCCACAACGUCCCUGCGGUGCCACCCCGGUGACAAGGAGGAGGAGGAGGAGGAGGAGGUGACAGCUGUGACAUCCCGAGGUGGGCCGUGUGGCAGGGACGAGGACGUGGUGGCAGCAGGGACAGCAGGAACAGCCACAACGUCCCCAGGGUGCCAUCCCAGCGAGGAGGAGGUGACAGCAGCGGUGACAUCCUCAGAAUGUCACCCUGAGGAGGAGGUGACAGCGGUGACAUCCCCGGUGUCUCACUGUGGUGAGGAAGAGGAGGAGGUGACAGCAGUGACAUCCCCAGAAUGUCAUCCUGAGGAGGAGGUGACAGCAGCGGUGACAUCUCCGAUGUCUCACCCCGGUGAGGAAGAGGAGGAGGACGUGGCGGCGGCGGGCUGGCGGGCGCGGCGCAAACACGUCUUCGUGCUCAGCGAGGCCGGCAAGCCGAUCUACUCCCGGCACGGCAACGAGGAGGCGCUGGCGGCCACCAUGGGCGUCAUGAUGGCCCUCGUGUCCUUCAUCCAGAGCGGCGGCAACGCCAUCCGCGCCAUCUGCUCGGAGGACCGCACGCUGGUGUUCGAGCAGCGGGGCCCGCUGCUGCUGGUGUCGGUGUCCCGCACCCGGCAGUCCGCGGCGCAGCUGCGGCGGGAGCUGGCCUUCGUCCACGAGCAGAUCCUGUCGCUGCUGACCCGCGGGGGCAUCGCCCGCGUCUUCGCCCGCCGCCGCGGCUUCGACCUGCGCCGGCUGCUGGCGGGCGCCGAGGCCGUGCUGGACCGGCUGCUCUGCGGGGCCGCCGCCGACGGCCGGCUGCUGCUGGGGGCCGCUCGCUGCCUGCCCUUGCCCGGGGGGCUCCGCCGGGCCGUGUCCGGUGCCCUGCGCCGCUCGGCCGCCGCGGCUCGGCCGGCGCCGGCCCUGGCCGUGCUGGCGGCCCGCGGCAGGCUGGUGACGGCGGCCAGGCAGCGGGCGCUGGCCGAGGGCGGGCGGCUGUGCGCCAGCGACCUGCACCUGCUGCUCAACCUGCUGGGCGGAGGGGUGGGCGCGGGAGAGGUGUGGACGCCCGUGUGUUUGCCUCGCUUUAACCCCGAUGGGUAUUUCUACGCCUACGCGGCGCGGCUGGGCGAGGAGGAGGAGGAGGAGGAAGGGGUGACGCUGAUCCUGCUGUCCACGGAGAGAGAAGGUUUCUACGCGGCGGCGGCGUGCAGGAGGCAGCUGGAGGACACGCUGAGGGCUCAGGGCUGGCUGGCAGAGCUGGCGGCGGCCGUGAGAGGGGGAGCGGGGUACGGCCCGUCCCGCCCCGGAGCCCCCGAGCUCCGGCAUUUCCUCUACAAACCCUUGGAGGGGCCCGAGGAGAUGCAGCAGCUGCCGCAGUUCACCAGCCCCGAGCUGGAGGAGCCCUACAGCAGCGAGGAGGAGCAGCAGCGGCUCUUCGACCUGUACCACUACCUGCACGGCCGCGUGCACAGCCCGCAGCGGCCCCUGCGCCUGCUCUACCACGUGGCCGAGAAGGAAACGCUCCUGGCCUGGGUGACCAGCAAGUUCGAGCUGUACAGCUGCUUCAGCCCGCUGGUGACCAAGGCGGGCGCCAUCGCCGUGCUGACCAAGCUGCUGCGCUGGCUCAAGAAGGAGGAGGACUGGCUCUUCAUCCGCUACCCGGCCCCGUUCUGCGCCGCGCCCGCGCGCCCCGAGGCGCCCGAAACCGAGGGCUGACAAUAAACGCUGAG